AUGAAUUACACAAUUCAGAAAGAUUUCCACCUCCUGGCAUUUUCAAACUCUGAGAAAAAUCAGUCUUUUUUUUUUAUUUUGGUUUUAUUGAUCUACUUACUGGCUGUGCUUGGGAACAUGAACAUUACAGUUCUUGUAUGUCUGACUCCCCAGCUGCACACCCCCAUGUACUUCUUUCUGUGCAACCUGGCAGUCCAGGACAUUAUCUCUGUCUCUGCCACCCUGCCAAAGCUGAUGGUCAUCACAAUUACAGGAGACACCGCAAUCUCUUUUCAUGGCUGUUUAACACAGAUGUUUUUGUUUGCAUUCUGCACUGAUACAGAUUUUUUCUUACUGGCUACCAUGGCCUAUGACCGCUAUGUGGCUAUUUGCAUCCCUCUGCGUUACUACCUCAUCAUGAAUGUGAAAUUGUGCAUCCUGCUGGUGGUAACUUCAUGGAUUUUGUAUGUGAUAAAUGCAAUGUGCUUCUCUUUGCUGCUAUCUAAUUUAUCAUUCUGUAAGUCACAUGAUCUCAAUCAUUUCUUUUGUGAUAUUAAAAUCCUAAUGGAGAUCUCAUGCAGUGACACCUCACACAUCAAACAAUUGCUGUCACUUGAAAUACCUUUUGUUGGGAUUCUUCCACUUAUGCUCAUUCUUACAUCCUAUGUGUGCAUUAUAAGUACUAUCAUAAAGAUGGGGACCUCAGCCGCUAGAGUCAAGACUUUCUCAAACUGCUCUUCACACCUGACAGUUGUACUACUCUUCUGUGGCACCUCUAUUGGGAUUUACAUGAAACCAAAGUCAAGUGAUUCUUUAGAACAAGAAAAAUUGCUCUCUUUAUUUUAUGUUGGCAUUGUUCCUAUGUUAAACCCAGUAGUGUACAGCUUGAGGAAUAGACAGGUUUGGUCUGCGGCAAAGAGAGUACUUGAAAAAUAUAUACUUGGAGCAAGGCUACCCCCCUGGUUCUAG